GCUGAACUCGGCGAAAUACGUCGUGAACACAUAAAACAAUCUCACGAAAUACAAACAACAGUGGAUGUUGGUAUUCAAACGUUGACAUGUUCCCUUGAAGAAGAAUUAAUUCAUCAAGGAAAUUGCGCACAUUUACCACAAUCAAAAGAGAUGAUAGCAAAUCUAUGUAGUUCAAGUGUUCAAACCUAUGAUGAACAUUUAAAAAGUACACGUGAUUUUCAAGUUCAAACUGAUUUUAAUUUUAAUUUACCUUCGAUCAAAAUUGAUCAACACUACAAUAACCGAAGUUUACAACUUUUAAAUGUUAGUUUAAUUAAACUUGUUCAUGCAUUACGUGUAGAAUUAGAUUCAGCUCAAGAAGAAUUAUAUAAAAGAAAUGAGAAACAAACUUAA